UAAUGAAAAAUGAUAAUGGUUAUCGUAAUUGAUGCAGGUGGUUAUGGAGUGGCCACCGGAGGACCGAUGGCGUGGGGUCUUUGCUAUAACAAAGAACUUAGUCCUAGCCAAUCAUACUGUGACGACUUCUACAAAUUCACCUAUCCUUGCACUCCUGGUGCUGAAUACUAUGGUCGUGGUGCUAUUCCUAUUUACUGGAACAACAACUAUGGAGCUACUGGGGAAGCCCUAAAUGUUGAUCUGUUGAACCAUCCUGAAUACAUUGAGCAGAAUGCAACCCUUGCUUUCCAGGCUGCAAUAUGGAGGUGGAUGACAGCAAUCAAGAAGGCACAGCCUUCCGCCCAUGAUAUUUUUGUUGGAAACUGGAAGCCCACCAAGAACGAUACCAUGGAGAAGCGGAUUCCUGGUUUCGGCACCACCAUGAAUGUCCUUUACGGAGAUAGUGUUUGUGGCCAAGGUGACAUUGAUUCCAUGAACGACAUCAUCUCUCAUUACCUUUAUUACCUCGACUUGAUGGUAGUUGGCCGAGAGGAGGCAGGCCCGCAUGACGUACUGUCUUGUGGAGAGCAGAAAGCUUUCAACCCGACCACUACCACCACUGCUGCUUCUUCUUGAGGUAUGCAAAUCCAUUGUUGUGGCCGUCCAUUGGUUGAUGAUACUCUUCAAAGAAGAACCAUAAAUAAGAAGGGCAACUAAAGAUAUUCUAUUGCUUUGAGUGAUUAGUCAACUUUGAUUGUGUGAAGCCCAAUUUAGUGUUGAGAUUUAUAAAAAUUCUGGAUUGAUUUUGUGCA